GCCCCUCCCCUCCCCGCGGCCCCUGCAUCUCGGCUCGCGUUUGGCUCUUCAUGUUUCUCCGCGCUGGUGGGGCUGUGCUCUCCCCGCUUCUCCACGCUCUUCGGUCUGCUCCUGUCGCCGCCAUGAGAACUGGCACGUUCGUCGUGUCGCAGCCGCUCAAUUACCGCGGCGGGGCCCGCGUGGAUCCGGUGGACUCCUCCGGCACCGAGAAGGCGUUCGAGCCGGCAACCGGCCGAGUGAUAGCUACUUUCACCUGUUCUGGAGAAAAGGAAGUAAAUUUGGCUGUUCAAGAGGCAAAGGCUGCCUUUAAAAUAUGGAGUCAAAAAUCUGGCAUGGAGCGUUGUCGAGUCCUCUUGGAGGCUGCCAGGAUAAUAAGGGAACGGAGGGAUGACAUCGCCACCAUGGAGACCAUCAACAAUGGCAAGUCCAUCUUCGAGGCCCGCCUGGACAUUGACGUUUCCUGGCAGUGCCUGGAGUACUAUGCAGGCUUGGCUGGAUCCAUGGCUGGUGAACAUAUCCAGCUCCCAGGCGGAUCCUUUGGUUAUACCAGAAGAGAACCACUCGGCGUGUGUGUGGGCAUAGGAGCGUGGAACUACCCCUUCCAGAUUGCCUGCUGGAAGUCUGCUCCAGCUUUAGCUUGUGGUAACGCCAUGGUCUUUAAACCUUCUCCCUUCACGCCUGUGUCUGCACUGCUGCUGGCUGGAAUCUAUACCGAGGCUGGUGUGCCUCCUGGGCUCUUCAACGUGGUGCAAGGAGGGGCUGCCACAGGCCAGUUUCUGUGUCAGCAUCAUGAUGUGGCCAAAGUCUCCUUCACUGGAAGUGUGCCCACUGGCACAAAGAUCAUAGAGAUGUCAGCUAAAGGAAUCAAGCCUGUCACCUUGGAACUUGGAGGCAAAUCUCCACUGAUCAUCUUCUCAGACUGUGAUAUGGAGAAUGCUGUGAAGGGGGCACUGAUGGCCAACUUCCUCACACAAGGCGAGGUUUGUUGUAAUGGCACAAGGGUAUUUGUGCAAAAGGAAAUUCUUGAUAAGUUUACGGAGGAAGUGGUGAAACAGACCCAAAGGAUAAAAAUUGGAGAUCCCCUUCUGGAAGAUACGAGGAUGGGUCCCCUGAUCAACCGACCACACCUGGAGCGAGUCCUUGGAUUUAUUAAAGUGGCAAAGGAGCAGGGUGCUAAAGUGUUGUGUGGUGGAGACCUGUAUGUACCUGAAGAUCCCAAAUUAAAGGAUGGAUAUUACAUGAGACCUUGUAUAUUAACUAAUUGCAGAGAUGACAUGACCUGUGUGAAAGAAGAGAUCUUUGGACCAGUGAUGUCCAUUUUAUCAUUUGACACUGAAGCUGAGGUUCUGGAAAGAGCCAAUGAUACCACUUUUGGACUAGCAGCUGGUGUCUUCACCAGGGACAUCCAGCGUGCUCAUAGAGUGGCGGCUGAGCUUCAGGCUGGAACGUGCUUCAUUAACAACUAUAAUGUCAGCCCAGUGGAGUUGCCUUUUGGUGGAUAUAAGAAAUCAGGGUUUGGCAGAGAGAAUGGCCGUGUCACAAUCGAAUAUUACUCACAACUAAAGACUGUGUGCGUGGAGAUGGGUGAUGUGGAAUCUGCUUUUUGAAAACGUGCAGUGGAGCCAGUCAACAUGGCCAGGCUGUCGACUAAUGAGAAGCAGCUCUCGACAGAGGCAGUGCCAUUUAAAAUCCGUGCCAUUUUAAAUCCAGAAUUUUGGUCAGUCAGAUUAAGAGAAUGGUUCAGUGUUAUUCUUCAUCGCUCAAUCAUCUUCCUAAUUGAAAAUGUGCAUAAGUGCCUUUUAGAUACUAAUCAAGAAAGUUGUGAUUUUCCUCAAAGCAAA